UUUUAAUAGUUCGUCGAUGCUUUCCCCUUCGCGGUCCUGCAUUCCAAACGGGGUUGCUACGUUCGUCCAUCUUUUCGCUUCUGUCGUUUCUUCCAGUUUGUGUUAAUGUGAUUGAGGCAGGACGCUUUCAAGUUCGGUUGUGCGUGAGGCGGUGUGUGUAUGUGUGAAUUGAGGGAAGGAAGGGCUUACUAAUGGCUAGAUCCGUCCAAAAAGUCUUGGCAACGUUUUUACUGGUGCUAGUAACGGUUUUGGUUGUUGUGGUAUCGGUGUUGUACGUAGCUCUUCUUGAUAAAAGAGUCGGAUUUCAUUAAAAUAAGUGCCCAAAUGAAAUGAAAAAUUUUAUAAUCGCUGUUUCAUACGAAAGAGUGCCCGAUAAGUGUGAAUGGUGACAUACAAAAUGAAAUUGGUUCGAUUCUGAAAAUUUUAUGAUUUUUUAUAAGUGAAUGACUAGUGUAUUGUGCAAGUGUAUGUGUAAGAUGGUUUCUUAUUAAAGAUUUAUUUCGAUGAACAUUUUCGGUUGUAGAGUCAUUUGGCAAUUUUUAUGCUUUUAUUUAAAUAUGUAUACUAUACUUACUUUGUAAAAUCUAAUGAAAUUGAGAGCAGCCUGCCAAUUAAAAGAAGCUCAAACUAAACGAUUUGGCGAAAUUGCAUCCUUCUAUGAAAUGAUAAAUGCACUAUGAACCGGUAUAUAACAUUGACACAACUGGGAGAUGGCACUUACGGCACAGUUGUAUUGGGUCAAAGGAAGGACACCGGUGAAAAAGUAGCCAUCAAACGAAUGAAACGGAAGUACUAUUCUUGGGAGGAGGCUAUGAAUUUAAGAGAGGUUAAGUCAUUGAAAAAGUUGUCACAUCCGAAUAUAGUCAAACUAAAAGAAGUCAUCCGAGAAAACGACACUUUGUACUUCGUUUUUGAGUAUAUGAAAGAAAACCUAUACCAAAUGAUAAAGGAUCGCGAGACGCACUUGCCUGAACCGACGCUUAAAAGUAUUUUAUUUCAGGUCUUAACUGGACUGGCCUUUAUGCACCGACAUGGUUUUUUCCACCGUGAUCUUAAGCCAGAAAAUUUAUUGUGUUCCGGCCCAGAAUUAAUAAAAAUUGCUGAUUUCGGACUUGCGAGAGAGAUUCGGUCGAGACCGCCCUUUACUGAUUAUGUGUCAACAAGAUGGUAUCGGGCUCCAGAAGUGUUAUUGCAUUCAACUAAUUAUGGCAGUUCCAUUGACAUGUGGGCUAUGGGUUGUAUCAUGGCUGAGCUGUAUACGUUUCGUCCGUUAUUUCCAGGAAGCAGCGAAGUGGAUCAACUUUAUAAAAUAUGUUCCGUUUUAGGAACUCCGGACAAGAACGAUUGGCCUGAUGGAUAUCGACUCGCCGCAGCCAUACAUUUUCGGUACCCGGAUUGUGUAAGGGUGCCAUUAAAUUCUAUUGUCACUCGUUGCAGUCAAGCUGGAUUAGAUUUGUUGGAGGACUUGCUGCUGUACGAUGCCGACAAAAGGCCAACAGCCCCGCAAAGCCUAAAAUAUCCUUACUUUAAUGCUCUAAAACGCAUAUCGCCUGCGGCUGCUACAAAGGCCAAUAUGAAAUUAACCUCAAAGUACGGCGCUAAUUCAGGCCUCACGCAACAACUGUCGAACAAUGUGCUUCCGGUGCAAGAAAAACUUCAGACCUUAACGGAUAUGAUACAUCGAAGCAAUAACAACCACAACAAUAAUAACAAUAAAAAUGUCACAAACAACAAUCUCAACAGGAGCGACUUUGCGGAUGCCAACGCACUAAACAAUUCAAAGAAUGGCCAUAUCGUCGUUCACCAAGCCAAAAAUGUCAGCCAUGUUCAAAUUCCAAAGGUAAGCUUUCUUGCAGUGAACACAAACGAUCUGAUGAAUGCACCAAUGCCAGUGCGAAUGAGCACUAAGCAAACCAAACCAUUGGACGACGGAUCUUCGGUGAAAAGUGAAACGAUUCGCUACAACACCAUCCUGGCCCCAGCUAGCAACAUUUACCUCAGCACUGGAAACCUCAAUCAGAAUGCGGACAAUUUGGCCCGUACAGAAUCAAUAAACGACAUAUUCUUGAAUCGUAAUAUAUCGCAUCUGUUCGGCAUUAGUCAACAACCUGUGCCUCCUUCCGCACAGCAACACCAUCCAAAUGUGUCAUUUCACAGUGGCAAACAGAUAGCAGGUGGCACAAAUCGCGGCAGCAAUACCAUCUACAUGAAUGGCUUGCGAAACUAUGCGAUGUAUGACACUGCUGCAAAAAAUGCCAAAAAUUCUGCCAAAAUUGGGGGCUACUAUGUAUACACCAGACCCUCACAGGACCCCAUUCCAAGUGAUCCUAGUAAAGUCUACAAUAUGUUCUCAAAAGUGAACUUGGCCAAACAGCAAAACGGACCCUCCGAUAUAAUUCUGUGCAAUUCAUAUGAAAAGGUCAAUUUGAUGGGCAGCAAAGUAUAUGCGAGUAAAGACGUCUACUCGGCCCGUUCGAGAGUUGGGCGUGCCGAUGGCAGCAAUUAUAUUUCCGACAGAGAUCUUAUCCUCCAAAGUAAACAGAAUGAUUUGGAUAGUCAGGAGAAAGGCUUCGACAGAGACGAUGAACUCGAUACCAUAUUGGGAAAGAAACUGAAGAGCUCUGCGAAAAGACAAAGAAAUUCAAAGUCGAACAUACAACUUGAAGAUUUAUUUGGACAUCUAUCCAUGGAUUCGGAUCUUAGCGAUGGAAAAUUUCCAGAUCACAACUACACCGACCGCACCUCAGAUGCUUUGACUAUGGGAAAGCAUUCAAACCUUCUGAGCAGUAUAGAAGCAAAUAACGGCAGUCGCACGGAUUCAUUUACUACAAACCCUGGCUUUUCACCCAAUCAUCACCCUAAUGACAAGGGCACGCAUGACGAAGAUGACUGCCAAUUCUGGCCCAUAAGGGUCAAAGUGCAAACGGAUCCGAAUACAUCAUUUCCUUGGGACGAAACAAAUAAAACCGAAGACGAAAAGUUGAACGCAUGGAUGGUGUCUGACAAUGUAAAGAUGAAGUAUACCAACAACAUUUAGGACUUUGUUGCCGUUUGCAGAAGAUGUGUUAUCUCGGCAAUUGGACCGCUCUAAAGUUCAUGGACAUCAUAUCCGUACCUGAAAAGGCUACUCGGCAUUGAAACAUGCGAAACACCUUAAAUGGCGAAGUAAUGAAAAAAUCCCUAUCUCAUCUUGGUGGAGAUGCAGAUAUUGACUACAAAAUAGUUCUAAAUAGAUUUAAUUAUUAGUGGAUAAGUUUCGCUGUGAUACCAUUAAGUUAACCCUGGGAGAGAUCUGUAAAAAAUUGUUGUGUUAGAAGGAAGCGAGAUGAAGGAAAGAUUAAAAAAAAAUGCAACAAAAAUUACUUAUUUGUGUAGUAUGUGUGGAAUGUAAAUAAAGAUUUUAUUGUUAAAGUUCAAA